GGCGAUUCAACCUUUUGGAACUAUAUAUCGUUGUAAUCAGAUGUCGUUCGACAGAGACGACCCUCUGGGUUAUGUGUCCGAUUCCGAGGUUGAAGAGGAUGAAAUCAAAUCAGAUGCUGAGUCCUGGGCUGGUGUUCGAGCUGUAGAAGGGAUUCCGAUCUCAUCUCAUCUCUAUUGGAGUCCAGAAAUGCAAAAGCAGCUUGAUGAAUUUAUAGUGACGUACAUAUUACCCCAAAAGAUAGGUACCCCAAAAAUCCCUGUUAAAAUUGAAGAAUUGAUCGUUGAAGAUAGCGAAUGUCAUCUUGAUUAUGUGUCUGAUUCCGAGGUUGAAGAAGAUGAAAGCAAAUCAGAUGACCCUUGCGCUACCGUUCGAGCUGUAGCAGGAAACCAAAGUUUCAUUCCAAGCUCUUGUUAUCCCCGUUGCAGUCCAGAAAGCCAGAAAAGGACGGAAGAAUUCAUAGCCAAGUUCAUAUUACCCCAACCUAAUAAAGCUGCUGCCUCAUUGAUGCUGCCUUUGUGCAAAGAACCACCCAACUGAUGUCUUUUGUCUCGAAGCAUGUCUGCAAUGCCUUGCUUUUGAUCAUCUGUCAAGUUUUUUUUUUUGUUUGUGCUGGCCAUUUUGCCUUUAAUAUGUAAGGACAAAGUUGGUGUAAGUAUUGAAUGCUCUGGUUUUUAUUUAUAGAAAGUAGGGUUGAGUGAAAUGGCGGACUGCAGAUUUCAACUUUUUGGGCUUGCCCGCCAAAUGUGGCGGCAAAUAUUUAAGUUUUUCAUUUUGGUGCGCACAUGGGUCUGUAACUCUUUGGAGAAGUGUAUUUAAUUUUUCUUUGUGGUCCGCACAUGGCCACAUGGGUCUGUAACAUUGUGUAGAAGUACAAUUACUUUUGGAAUGACUUGACCUUUACUUUUAGAAGUACGGCGUAUUAAGCAAUCAACUACCCUUAAAUUUAUUUGCUUU